AUGGAAGCCUUUCCAUGUAGCCAACCUGAAGAUGGGAGCUCCAGCAUCCGAGAUGAAGAGGGUCCAAACACUGAGGGAGGCCCUGAAGAUGAUGCUGAUUCCUUGCUCCACAAAGCACUGCGUUCGAAGAUGAUGGAAAUGGUGAAGUUCCUGAUCCUGAAGUAUCGUGCAAAGGAGCCAACCACAAAGGCAGAAAUACUGAGUAGUGUCAUCAAAGAGCACCAGGACCACUUUCCUGAGCUCUUCAGUGCUGCUGUUGAGAGCAUUGAGUUGGUUUUUGGUAUUGUUGUGACGGAAGUAGACCCCAGUACCCACACCUAUGUCCUGGCCACUGCCUUGGGGCUAACCUAUGAUGGGAUGGUGAGCGAUGAGCAGAGAUUUCCCAACACAAGCCUCCUGGUCACACUUCUGUGUGUGAUCGCCUCACAGGGUGAUUGUGCCCCUGAGGAGAAAAUCUGGGCUGUACUGAAUGAUUUAGAGGUGCAUGAUGGGAAGGUACAUUGGCUCUAUGGGGAGCCCAGGGAGCUCAUCACCAAAGUUUGGGUGCAGGAACAGUACCUGGUGUACCGCCAGGUGCCCAAUAGCAAUCCUGCACGCUAUGAGUUCCUGUGGGGCCCCAGGGCCCACGCUGAGACCACCAGGGCAAAAGCCCUCCAGUUUGUGGCCAUGGCUAAUAGGGAUUUCCAUUUCCUCCCAUGCCUGCCUGAAGAGCCUUAG